AAGACAAGUCGCAGUUUUCCGUAUCGUAGUCGCGUUCUCAGGGCUGAUCCUUCAGGUGGUUUAUUCGGAACGUCGAUUAAAUCGACAACGGUCGGUAGUUUUCAAGGACAUUUAGGAAUCAUUUAGUUUUUGUAGUGUUCAAUUGUGAUCGACCUUUCAAUUACAAUCACUGGCGCGGUCUAGUUUUGUUACAUGUUCAACGACUGACUAUUGUUACAGUUGAGUGUAUGUCUCGCUGAAACCGGCAGGAAUAAUUUGAAUUAAUUAUCAUCAAUUACGGUAAGCGGCGACAGUCCGUUGUUGUGUCGAACAUACCACCAGGAGCAUAAAAGAGAAUAUACAUAAGUCUGUGAAUGAAUUCAUUGAAUGCAUGAAUGAAACUCUCGUGUCUCAAUGUUGCGAAUUUUUAUGAAUGGACCACGAAAUAAACCGCAGGCUCUGUCAAGUUGAAUGAAAUUGUGAAUAAUGAUUGCAGCCGAGACGAUCAAGCGAGUUCAACUGGAUGCGCGCGGAUGUUAAUAUACGGUGAUUCAUCUGUGCAAAAUGGAAUCAAACCUAGUACCUCGGAAAAGUAUGAAUUAAAUAUAAACAAAGUGAGCAUGAUGCUUGUUGACAAUAUUGCACAGUUUUACCCAGUGCUAUUGAAUAAGCCUAAGAAAUGGUAAUUAUUACGCUAUUCGAAUCGCGGAGGUCUGGUUAAAAUGUUGAACAAUUAGUGCAUACCAAUGCUAAAUUAAUAUGGAUUGGAUAAAGUUGGUGGUAGCAUGCAAGACUUCUCCAAAGAAGAGUUUAGUCUUCUUGGAGCAAGUGCGGUAGGAAGUGAUAAGGAUCUAAGCUCGGUCCCAUCAUUGAUCAUCUCGGGCAUUCAGAGCCAAAAUUUUAACUCUCAUAUACACUCCGGUCACCUACAAGUACUUCAUCAUCACCACAGCGUCAUCACUGGGAACGAUUCGGUGCCACUCGGCAGUGCGUCGGCGGUUCUAGUGGAUGACAUCAAACUGAACCAGACAAGUGAGCUGAUCGAACCGAACGAUAGUGGUAAACUGGAGGAGGUCGAUAGAGAUUUGUAUCCCUGGAAUACAACUAAUAUAGGAAGUCAAUUUUUGCGUAGCUCGGACGACCCGCUCAUCUGUGGUGGAACCAACGAUAACCAGAACGAUAAUGAGCUUAACGUUGUCACUGCUUCCCAAUCAAUGUGUUCAUCGCCUACACCUCCGCCCACUCAGAAGCAUCGAAACAUCGUUCCAACGUCGAUUCUUUCGCCAGAGCUGCCGGAUAGUUCCAUAUCUCCACACCAUACAGCAAGAAAAUCCAACAGCGGUCCAUCGAAUCGCCGUGGCACUACAGCAAGUGGUGCUGGACGCCAACGGCGUAAAGGGCCACUCAAAUUACGCUUCCACCACCAAGCUCUACCACCAGAAUAUCUGGACCAUUAUGAGGCAACUCAGAACGCUACCUCAAAACGCAACCAACAGCAGCAGCAACAAAACAAUUGCAGUGCACGCUCUAACAGAAUGGAGAGACACGUGGUUCAGGAACGUGAAGAUCAAACCAAUGAAACAGUAAGAAAUUGGUUACAAAAAAUUUUGGAACUGCAAAAAGAAGGCGUUUCUCUUGCACCAGUUAAAGAUGAUAUCGACCCUAAUGGGGAAGCCUCCCCAAAAAGUAGCUCAAAUAACCAACAAAUUCAACGAAAUAAAGUAGUUAGUUACACUGACCUUCCGUACAUGGGGGAGAUGACAUUGGACAAUUCGAAACCAAGGCGAGGGAGGAAACCUAAAAAAGCAGAUAUUUGUCACUUAAUUUACAAAAAUUACGGAACUAUUCUUCCUGGCACUCCAAAAACAGAAUUUGUUCACGAUAAACCCAACAACGGGCAAAGAGCGCAGACCAGAAGCAGUAGUUUGCUGGAACGACGCCUGAUGUCAGCAGAAAAAGCUAUCACCGAAAAUGGUCAAUUAAAACGUGAGGAACCACUCAACCUUUGUGUCAGAGAUAGUGGGGCUGAUUCACUCGCUCUGUCAAGUUCAGAAGGCGACAGUGAUGACGUACUUGAUUCUUCCUGUCCUACACCUGUUAUCACUCCGACGGACAUAAACACAGAUCAAGCGCUUGCGGCAAAUAUGAGAAUGUCAUUGACGAACCUUCACAGUACAGCAAUGGGGACGUCAUCGAGCGGCGAGACUCCGUCGACUGCCGACACCCCGCCUGGGUAUAUGUACUGGCCAAACAUGGGCAGCUUUAUCCACCCUAUGGCCUUAUACUAUCAGAAGCUGGUUGAUUCCAAUAAUACCGUCGUGCCUGGUCAAUCAAGCUCAUCAACCUCUAACUCAGUCCCAACCACUCCCACCGAAUCGAUACUUCCCAAAACUUCAACUGCUUCGUCCAUAAAUUCAACUCCACCACCUUCAUCACCAGCAACACCUAAACGGGAACACCAUCAGACACUAGUCCCGAAACCUAUUUCGCAACUUAUCAAGCCAGAAAAGGCUGCGAAAAUCACUUCGGGUACACAAUCACCCACAAGCAAGACUUCACCGACAACUCAAAAGCGUAAACGAUCGGCCAUUUUCAUUCCACCUGUACCAGCGGAGAACAGUACAAACCCUGCCACAGAAGUAAGCAUUUGCAAAUUCAAGUUCACUGGUGGUGCCAAACCAUGCCUUCAAGAGAAAAAAAUGCUUAGUGUCGAUUCUGGUGGAAACUUUCGUUACUAUUCCGGAACCGGCGAUAAAUCGAUGCGUGGAUAUGAGUUUUUCCCUCGUGAAAGUCUGCAACAGAGCAGCCUCCACGCAACAACCACCACCGGGGCUUUUCUUAACACACCACCAGUUGAGAAAAUAGCGUGCGAUUUACCACCGCCCUCACUGGGACUGAGUAAUGAAAUUCUCCAGAUCCCAGAUUUCCCAAGUGCCACUAAUCUAGGUAGUUUGGUUUCACCAGGUGGCAGCUCCAGUCAGCAUCGACGCCUCUUUCGCUCAGAAUCAAGUGAAGCACGGCGAGCGCGUCGUCGAUCGCGCCGCACCACUCAGCGUGAAACACUGGAGAAAACGUUCAAGGAAAAAGGGUUUCUCAUCCAGACUCAACAGCUUCAGUCGGCCGAAGGUGCGACCUAUUGUAAGUUUAGACAAUUACGUAAAUUUACCCGCUAUCUCUUCCGAAGCUGGAAAGACUAUCUUCCCGGAGAACUACAACAGGGAUCCGGCACCGAACAUCCUCAUGAUGAGCUGUCCGUGAAUGCAUUACCCGGAGAUCUGCUGCUGGAUGAGGAAAGUCCGCUACUCGAUGACCCAAGACCAGCUAGUUCUACUAUGUUAUUUGACGAAAUGCAUCGGGAGAGAACUAAUCGGUUGCCUUCCCUGUCACCGGUAUCGACGACGCCGAUGCCAAUGCAAGCGCGGUCACACAGAUCUCCGGAUGAUUCAUCUCCAUCGCAUCCAAACACAUUGGUUGUGCCAUCGCUGUUGUUGCAUUCCGAUCAAUUCACCAAACAGGAAAGACGAAGCUGACACACCUUCAACUUAGAACACAUGCGUGCCAAAGAAUAGUCAUAAGUUUACAAUAGCUAAUAUAUUUUGUUAGUUUGAUUUGGUCAAAGUUUGGGCGAUAAGCGAUAAGCGAAAAUGAGCAGUCGGAAAAAACAACAUCGAUCAUUUAUUCGAGGAAAAUCUAGUCGUAUUUUGUAACGAUCCUGUUUUCAAUGUAAUAUUCUUAUUCGUUUCUGUGUUCUGUAAAAUAAUAACUGAUAUUCAACGUUGCCAUAAG